UAUCGGAUGCGGAGAGAGUGGAUUUUCAGUCUAGUGUUGCCUGCUAAAAUACACAGCUGCUCGGCCAAGUGGCUUCAGUUCCGCACAGACUCCAGAGGACAAAGCACCUCCGGACACCGAUCUUGACUGCAAAAGAAUAGCCAUGCGGCUCCUCAUCGUCAUUCCUGCUCUUCUCUGCGCCGUUUCGGCCCAAAACUUUGGCUUCUAUGGCCAACCUUCUGCCGCUGUCAGACCUUACACGCAAACAUCUGGAUUCAGACCGGCCCCUGUCAGCAAUGCCGGCGCCUCUCCGAUCCAACAAGUGGCCGCAUGGACCUACCUGAACUUCGACGGUGUCAACCCUAAGCAGAUUGUCCCUGAAAACGGCGUCUUCACCGGCAUCCAGGUCACGCCCCAACGCAUUUUCCUCACCCUGCCCAGGUCCCGUGAAGGUGUGCCCGCCACCCUGACCUGGAUACCAAACAACGGAGUGCCGGUUGAGAAUCAGCCCCUGCUGCCCUUCCCUGACUGGUCUUGGCAGCAGGGUCAUCUGGACAACUGCAGUGGUCUGGUGUCCGUUUUCCGCUCCCGCAUCGACAGCUGCGGCCGUUUGUGGGCUCUCGACUCUGGUGUCAUGAACGCUCUUGAUGGCAACCCCGUGAGACCUUGUCCUCCCAGACUCGUCGCCUUCGAUCUCAAGACCGGUUUGGCCAUUCGCAGCGUCACUUUCCCUCCUCAAGUUCUGCGCGAAAAUUCCCUCUUAACCACCCUGGUUCUCGAUGAAGAAUUCUCAUCCAUCGGCAACUGCGAGAACAUGUUCGUCUACAUCUCCGACACUUCCGACCCUGGCCUCAUCGUCUAUGACCUUGGCCGCGACCUAACCUGGCGUUUCGAGCAUCAGUCACUCAGACCUGACCCUCAGCAGGCCACCUACAACAUUGCUGGCGAGUCUUUCAACCUUGAAGACGGAGUCGUUGGAAUGACCAUCUCCAACCUUGGCCCUGAACGCAUGCUUUACUACCACCCUCUCGCCGGUCGCGCCCUCUACGCCGUGUCCACCAACGCCCUGAGAAACCCUGGCGUCCCCUCUCUGCCUGUCAUCAUGGUCGGUGACAAGACCUCUCAGGGUGCAGGCCUCUUUGCUGACUCCCAUGGAGAGAUCUACUUCAGCCCUGUUUCUGAAACGGCCAUCGCCUCCUGGAACCCCAACACUGGCCUCCAACGCAUUCUGGCCGUCGACCAGGAACGUCUGCAGUUCAUUUCCGACAUCACCGUUGACCAACAAGGUUCUCUUUGGUUCGUGUCUAACCGAUUCCAGGCCUACUUCAACCGCAACUAUAACCCUCGCGGUCUGAAUCUUCGCGUCAUGCGCAUCCCGUUCGCCGCCAACGGAGCCCAGUUUGGCCCUGUUCACUCCGCGGCACCACUGUCGCCUUUCAACAACUUUAACUUCAACAACAGAUUCGUCAGGAACACCGGAAACAGCACCAGAGUGUUGUAAAUCAAAAAACGCAUUCAUUCGUCUACUAACGAUUUAUCAAAGGAAGGAACAACCCUCUCAAAUUUUGGUCUCUUAUGCUGUGCGUGGAGCAAAAUUUGAAAGGCACGCUUCUUUCUUUGUCACGACAAUGCUCAUUAGCACAUUGAAUUAACUCCGCAUCUUUAAAUUGUAAAUAAUUUAGCAAACUCUCAUCAACGCACGAAUAUAUUUCAUCAGACAUCCACAAUCAAUCACGUCCUUUUUAAAAUAAAUAAUUUUAACUGAAGAAUCAAUGUGAAUUAUGCCAUAUUGUAUCAAUCAAACAUCACGCGUAUUAUGAGGUAUUAAUAAUGUAAGAAAAAAUUUACAUUAUAUUGUUGGUGAGCUUUGAAAAGUGUUAUUUAAGGCUCGUAGAAUUGAAGGCAACAAAAAAUUAUACGAAUAUUAUUUAAAAAUACACAUAUGGCAUCAUUGAAUAAGAGCAAAAGUUUGGUAAAAAUGAGCGUCAAUAUAUUUUAGAUAAUGAAGAGAGACUGACAAGCACCGAAUUUUUUUAUUUCAUUUAUCUAUUUAUAACAAGUGUAUUGCUUAGGAGAAAAGUCAAAAUGGUAAUUUUUUUGGUAUAUUAAAUUUUGCUUCUAGAAUGUCACUAGCGUGUUGUUGAAAUAUUUCAGUAAAUAAAAAUAAUACGAUAGAAACGCAAA